CUGCCGCAAAUAGGUAUGUCAUAAAGCACAGCCAAAACACUUGUUCAAAGAUGGCGGCACUUCUAAAACAUCCUUGCAGAUCCGCAUUCCAGACUCUUCGGACGUCGAGUAGGUGGAUAUCGAGUGAUGGUGCUACACCAAGAAUAACAACCCACUACACCGUAGUACCAAGGGAGAAUGAUGCAAGGUGGAAAGAUGUUGAAAUGGAAAGAUAUGGAGAUGAAGCGGAUGUUGUCAUCGUUGGUGGUGGUCCAUCUGGUCUGUCAACAGCAAUACGACUUAAACAACUGAGUCAGGAAAAAGGUCAUGAACUCCGUGUGUGUGUUGUUGAGAAAGCAUCUGAGAUAGGUGGCCAUACAUUAUCCGGUGCUUGUCUGGAACCUGUAGCUUUGAAUGAACUCAUACCGGACUGGAAAGAGAAAGGUGCACCUUUACAUACACAAGUCAAAGAUGACAGAUUUGGUUUAUUAACAGAGAAGAGACGGAUACCAAUACCGAUAUUACCAGGUCUGCCCAUGAAUAAUCAUGGCAACUACAUUGUUAGGCUCGGUAAUGUUGUCAAGUGGCUUGGAGAACAAGCUGAAGAAUUGGGUGUAGAGAUCUACCCUGGCUAUCCAGCUAGUGAGGUACUCUUUCAUGAAGAUGGCAGUGUGAAAGGAGUAGCCACCACUGAUGUUGGCAUUGCUAAGGAUGGGUCUCCUAAGGCGACCUUCGAACGUGGUAUGGAGCUUCAUGCCAAGGUAACAGUAUUUGGUGAAGGUUGUCAUGGUCAUCUUGCAAAACAGCUUUUUAAGAAGUUUGAUUUACGGAAAUACUGCCAACCACAGACUUAUGCGAUUGGACUUAAGGAGAUAUGGGAAGUUGAUCCAGCUAGACAUAAACCAGGUUGUAUAGAGCACACAGUAGGAUGGCCUUUAGAUUAUAAAUCUUAUGGUGGUUCUUUUAUAUAUCAUCUAGAUGAAUCUGCACCACUUGUGUCUGUUGGAUUUGCCCUUGGAUUAGAUUAUCAAAAUCCUUAUGUUAAUCCUUUCAAAACUUUCCAAAAGUUUAAACACCAUCCAUCUGUCAGCGGGUUAUUUGAAGGCGGUAAGCGGAUAUCGUACGGUGCUAGAGCUCUCAAUGAAGGCGGUUUCCAGUGUAUUCCACAAUUAGCCUUCCCAGGUGGACUCUUGGUAGGGUGUAGUCCUGGUUUUAUGAAUGUCCCCAAAAUUAAAGGUACACACACUGCUAUGAAGAGUGGUAUUGUUGCUGCGGAAGCCAUCUUUGAUAAACUGACCAAUGAGAAUCUUUCAUCUCAUACAGAAGGAAUAUUUGUGGAUGAUUAUGAGGAAAGGAUACGAAACAGUUGGAUCUGGAACGAGCUGAAGCAGGUUCGGAACGUACGGCCAUCAUUCCACGGUCCAUUUGGACUUUAUGGUACCAUGAUGUACACUGGUUUGUUUGUGUAUCUAAUGAGGGGACGGGAACCAUGGACGAUGAAACACAAAUGCAAGGAUAGUGAUUCACUGAAACCAGCAGCAGAGUGUAAACCAAUAGAGUAUCCUAAACCAGAUGGCAAGAUCAGUUUUGACCUUCUGAGUUCAGUGGCAUUAAGUGGAACCAAUCAUGAACAUGACCAACCUGCACAUCUUACAUUAAAGGAUGAUAGCAUUCCAGUUAAGAAUAAUCUUGGUGUAUAUGAUGGACCAGAGGAAAGGUUCUGUCCAGCAGGUGUUUACGAAUAUGUUCCCACUGAAGAUGGCGAGGCGAAAAGACUGCAGAUAAAUGCACAAAAUUGUGUACACUGUAAAACAUGUGAUAUUAAAGAUCCAAGUCAGAAUAUUAACUGGGUUGUUCCUGAGGCCGGUGGUGGGCCUGCAUACAGUGGAAUGUAAUAUUAAUACACGCUGUAAAUAAGAAUUAGAUAUUUAAAAUAUGGAAAUAGAACCACUUUUACAGGAAUUGUGCUUAGCAUUUUGAGAAGUGAGGCCUGGGUGUAGGGUCUUUAGGAAGUGAAAAUGCAUUCUGUGGAGUCUUUAUCAUACACAAGAAGAGAAAAUGUAUUUGGCAACUAUUGUAAAACAAAUACAAGUUUGAGAAGUUAAAUUGGGGUUGAUGCAAUUCAUGUGUUCUUUUUAGACUUCAGUGCUUUCUUAAAAUUAUGAAGAAGUUGGAUCCAGAGAAUCAAUUUCCAAAUUAAUUUUUCAAUUCAUGACGAAUUGGAUUUGUAUUUGUUCGUCUACUGUACAACACAGUUGCACCUUGGUUGUUAUACCACUAAGAUCCACGAUUUGCAUUAAUAUAUUUUAAUAUAUUAAUAUAUAUUAAUAUAUUUUAAUAUAUUUUAAUAUAUUUGGUAUGUGCAGUGUAAUUAAGAGGGAAUAUGGAGAUCAAAAACAAAACUUAUUGUGCUCAAAAAUUUGUACCUGUUAAAAAUGGUUGUGGUCAGUUUAGACACAGCCCUGUUACAUAUACAUAAUACUAUAAUAGUCGAGGGUGGAUUCCUAAGUCAAUUUCCAAAUGAGCGACAACUUAAUUUUAGAUGUAUAGACUAUAAUUUAGGGUUUUACUUUUUAAACAAAAACAAUGCAAUUUUUACACAGUAAACUUAAGUAAUAUUGCUGGUUUUAUGCCAGUGGCAGGUUGGCAAAGUAUCGUAUUGUAUUUCUGUACAUCUUUGAUGCAAUGUAAUGUUUAAUUUAUCAUAUGUGGUCUGAGCAAACUACUGAGAUUUGCACUGUUGGGAGAUGUGACUGUUAUCUUAGAUUUGGCAGGACAGUCUAUGUACCUGUAACAGUAAAAUCUUGCUUAUUUACACCAAAAUCUGUGCCUUUUUAAUAGCUACCUAUAUGUUGUAUUUUGGUGGUUAAAUAACAGUAUUUGUCAAUAAGAUGUUUAUUCCAUUACACUGACGUCAAACAAACCCCCUGUACUGAUACUGAUAAUAAAUCAAUCUGAUUAAAAUAAGAUCCUAGUUUUGGCUUUUUUUUUUGUAUAUUUAUUUUAUUUUAUUUUAUUUUUAUCUAGUAUUUAUUUUAUGAAGUUUUGGUAAUUGCGAAAGCCAAUAGGGCGGAAUUAAAAAAAAAUCUCAAAAUCAAAGUAAAAUAAUAAAAUGAAAAGGCAUAAGUAAUAAAAUUAAAAUAAGUUUAUAGCCAAAAUAAUUAAAUCCCGUACACUACAUCAGAUUUUAAUCAGAUUGAUAAUAAAUAUACGAUACAUAUCGAUAAAUAGUUGUAAACCAAACUGUGGUUUAUUGAAAUCCAAACAAGAUGAUUGGCUUGGUUUUGAUUGGCUAGGCAAGCACCUCCCUCUAUUUGGUAGAAUGCUUGCAUCAAUCAGACAGGCUAUGAUGAUUUAUGAUUGGAUGACACUUUCCUACCUCGCCAUUAUCUACUGUAUUUAUUUGCCGAACCUAUGACAUAACAUGAUCUCAUACAAUGUGUAACUGAAUGUGUUUGAAUUUAUAAAUAUUCAGGUUUAUUGAUAAAAUAAAUGGCUUUGGUGAUUCCAGUGAA